GUUCUCAUAGCCCCUGCACUCCCCCCACCCCUCAGUGGCCUUCCUGCCCAGUCUGGAGAGGCAGCCAGAGCGGGCAAUGGGUUCCCGUUGUGCCAAGCUCAGCACAGGCCACAGCCGGGGCCACGAAUCGUCCAUGAAGAAACUCGUGGCCUGCGUGAGUCAGGAUAACUUCUCCUUGUCAUCUGAGGGUGAGGAAGAGGAGGAGGGAGAGGAGGAGGAGGAGGAGGAGGAGGAGGAAGAAGAAGAAGAGCUCCCGGUACAGGGCAAGGUGCUGCUGAUGGAAUCUGAGCGGCAGGAGGAGGAGAGCACUGAAGAAGAUCCUGUGGCCCAGCAGAGCCCCAAGCCUGAGCAGACGCGCUCCUGACCCAGGACGGUGGCCCAAGGAGAGGGGCUUGCCACUGCUCCAGCGAGAAGAACUUUCAGAAAAGAGUCAAUAAAAAGUCUCCGAGGGCUUUAGCUCUC